CCUCCUGACGUCAUUCAAGAGCUUACAAGGCGAGGACUGAGAGCGGCAUCACUAAUUUCGGGGAAAAUGUCAAGUUUCACAUCAGGCGGCCCUAAGAUAGAAGAAAAUAUUCAAACAGUUGGAGAUGUUGAUGAAACGAUUGAUCCAUGUGCGAGGGAGUUAUUUAUGAAGAAUAUAUGCAUGCAAAAGAAUUUGCAGGACAGAACCAGAUGCAAUGAUUACUUUCAGAAUCUUGAAAAUUGCAGAAAAUUUUGGCAAUACAUUUCUGUAUUGAGGCAAAAGGAUAAAGUGUUUCCUUUAUUGCCACCACCAGAGGAACGAGCCGAAAUCCGCAAACAUUUUCUAGCAGAAUUUUCUGUGGGAGCAAAAAUAAAAAGUUACAAAGCACAUUGGGAAAAGAAAACUAAACGGAAUAUAAGAAAGGAGACAUAACCGAAGUUCAAGUCAGAACUUUCAAGAGAUGUCACAUGGCAUCAUAAAUCUUCCUAUCACAAACACAUGUCAGAUAUGUGUUACAUCCUUUUUAGAUAAUGAAAUUAAGAAGAGUAAUUUUAUGCUGAAUUACAAUACAAGGAAUGCAUGUACCCUUGCACUCGGCUUAAGUCAAGUGUGAAAAAGAGUUACAUAAGUACAUCUGUGAUUUUUCUUUUUACUUUAAAAUUAAUAAUUUGAUGAUAAGUGAGUAUUAGAAAACCCUUUGAUAAUUUCUUUUUGUGCGGAGAUUCUUUAUGUUGCACUCUGAUAAUAUGCAUUUAAAUUGAACUGCAUAACUCGACACUUUGGCACCAGGAAAUUUAUUACAGUUUAGCAGCAAAUGCUCAAAACAAAUAAAUAUGUUCCAUUGAAUUUGUUCUAGAUAAUUUGAGAUACUAGUAUAAGGUGACAUGUAAGCUGUGCAGUCUUAUGUAUGUAUGUGAAACUUGUUAAAAAAAGAAAUAUUUGUAAAUAAAGGUAAACUUCUAAACUAUA